AUGCGGGCUCUGUCUCGUAUUCUCAUCGGCGGAUUGAUAUUGGCGACGCUGGUAUGGCUCAAGGGCCAGUUCGUUAAGCUCCACGAGUCCAUUCUUCAGCUCGACAGGCUGUCACAGGACGGUGGACUUUUGAGCCAUACACAUAUGACAGACAACACACAUGGAUCGAAUUCGACAGCAGAGGAUCCGCUCAGGGCGGUUAUGAACGCCAUCUCCAAUUCUUUCCUCAACGGCACCAUCGAGAAACUUGCGACACCGAAGUCUGGUCUCCGAGACACAAGAAGCAAGGUUGUAGUCGUUGCCAAAACUGCAAAGGAAAAGACGCAAUGGAUCUCAAGCAUGCUACCCAAUUGGAAGCAUGCGAUUUACGUGACCGACGAUCGUACCGCACCACUCCAUACGGCGAAGAACAAGGGACGAGAGGCAAACGCCUAUCUCACGUACAUCAUCGAGCAUUACGACCAUCUGCCCGAGACUAUCGCAUUCAUACACAGCCAUCUCAGUUCCUGGCACAACGACCAAAACGCCGCGAAAGCGCUGCAGUUGCUCAAUAUCGAUUUUGUGCAGAAAAAUGGAUACGCCAACUUUAGAUGUCAUACUACGCCUGGCUGUUAUCCUGCAGAGAUUCAGCCGUUCCGUAACAAGAAAGAGCAAGCUGGUAUAGACAAACACGAAGCAGCGACCGAGAGGGCCUUUGCUAAGGCUUGGACUGAGCUGUUUAACUCGACUGCCGUCCCAGAACAGAUCGGAGUGGCAUGCUGUGCACAAUUCGCUGUGUCUCGAGACCAGGUCCUGCAAAGACCGCUUGCGCACUAUGUCUGGUUCCACAGCUGGCUGAUGGAGACGUCUCUGAGCGACGCGACUGCGGGAAGGGUGAUGGAGUACCUGUGGCAUAUCAUUUUCGGCAUGGAGCCAGUUUACUGUCCCAAGGUCUAUCAGUGCUUCAGAAAUGUUUAUGAUAUCUGGGAUAUCCUCUCGUAG